GCGACUCCACAAGUUCAAAUAGAUCCUGUGUUCCAGUCUCUUUCUUAGUCUCUUUCCUGUUUCUCCUUCUCUUGCAGUAAUUCGUAGUAGCCAAUUCCCCUCUUACCUUGUCAUCAUGGACGUUCCUACAGCAACGUCGCUACGCGACAUCUACCCAGAAGACGCGUUGCCGGUCGAGACGAAGCGAUGGGACACUUUACUGGCAAAGUUCAAAGAACUAUAUGGAAAGCAGGCGGACUUUGUGGCCCGUAGCCCUGGUCGCGUGAACAUCAUUGGCGAGCACAUUGACUACUCUCUGUACGAGGUACUCCCCAUGGCCAUUACCGCCGACUUCAUCAUGGCUGUUGCUGUGCGACCCUCCGAUGAGAAGCCCCGCGUGCGCAUAGCGAACCUGAACUCGGAGAAAUUUCCUACCCGCGAAUUCGAGAUUCCAGAGGGAGAGAUCCCAAUCGAUGCGACCGAGCAUGAGUGGACAAAUUACUUCAAGUCGGGACUGAAGGGGGUAUCACAACUGCUGCAGAAGAAGCGAGGCAAGUUCACGUCGGUCGGUAUGGACAUUGUCUGCGAUGGCACAGUCCCAAGCGGUGGUGGUCUUUCAAGUUCGGCAUCUGUAGUCUGCACAAGCGCAUUGGCUGUACUCUCAGCGAACGGCGAAGAAAAGAUUGACAAGACCGAGCUUUGCGAGCUUGCCAUUGUCUCUGAGCGCGCCGUCGGUGUCAACUCAGGAGGAAUGGACCAAGCAGCCUCCGUCUUUUCCCUGCGCGGCUCUGCCCUAUACGUCUCUUUUAAGCCCAGCCUCAACUACACCAACAUCGAGUUCCCGCAAACCGAUCCGGAGCUUGCUUUCGUUACCGCCCAGAGCUUCGUCGCCGCAGACAAGCACGUCACAGCCCCAGUAUGCUACAAUCUGCGUGUGGUAGAGUGCACAUUGGCGGCCGUAUUCCUAGCCAAGGCAUUUGGACUGAAGAAGGAGCUCCCAACAGACUCAUCACCACUAGGAGUUAGCUUGCGAGGCUUCCAUGACACCUACUUUGAAGAUAAGGAGGACGUGGCAGACAACACCAAGAUAUCCGUUUCUGAGUUCGAGACUCAACUUACAAAGCUCAUCCAACACACCGAGAACUACCUCCCGCAGGAAGAAGGCUACACAAGGGAACAGAUCAGCGGCCUGCUUGGCAUUUCAGAAGACGAACUCAACCAGCGCUACAUGUCAAAGUUCCCCGUUCGUGCGGACAAGUUCAUGCUACGACAGCGUGCGCUGCAUGUAUUCACCGAAGCUCUUCGCGUUAUCAGAUUCCGAUCGCUUCUCGCUUCACCGCCGUCCAGUGGCAAGGAGUACCUACAGGCGCUUGGUGACCUCAUGAACACGACCCAAGACUCUUGUCGCGAAAUCUACGACUGCAGUUGUCCAGAACUCGACGAGCUUUGCAACCUUGCUCGCGCAGCUGGUUCAUGUGGAAGCCGACUGACCGGCGCAGGCUGGGGAGGCUGCAGUGUACACCUUGUACCAAAGGAUAAGGUAGAAGCAGUCAAGAAAGCUUGGGAGGAGAAGUACUACAGGAAGAAGUUCCCCGAUAUCACAGAAGAGAAGCUAGCACAGGCAGUCGUGGUCAGCGAGCCUGGUAGCGGUAGCAUGCUCUUCAAGGUCACAGGCGAGAAGCUCGCAUAGACGUUGGUAUGAGGAGAUGAUGGUGUUUGCAUAGUUUUGGCUUGCGCCGUGGUGGUCCCAGACAAGGAGUCUGUCUUGUCCUGAGGUAAGACCUGGUCCGGUCAAACCCAAAGUGACACCAUGCACGCUGUUUGAGAGCGACGUCAAUUCAAAGUAAAAGACA